UAGUUUCUGAUAAUCUGGCCUCGUCUCUCAGCUAAGUGAGAGACUUCAGCUGGACGUUCUGCAUUCUGCUGGAAGGAUUUCACUCCUGUCCUCCACCAUGAAGCUCCCAGCGCUGCUGCUGGCCGUCGUUCUGCUGGCCCAGAGCCGGGCCUUCGAGUUCAUUAUAGAUGGAGAGUGGGAGAGUGAGAUGUCAGAUCAUGUGGAUAAUCUCGACAGCAGCAGAUUCAGGAGGAACGUGUUGACGAGUGAGGAGGAAGAGGACUUUGAGGCUGUACGGGGGACAGAUAUCACAGUGAAGAGUUAUAAGGUGGAGAGUAAGAUCACCUCGCGGUUCGCCCACACCACAGUGAGGAGCUCAGUGGUAAACUCAGGUCUCAGUGCCCAGAGCAUCGGCUUCAACGUCCAGAUCCCCAAACGAGCCUUCAUCACCAACUUCACCAUGAAUGUGAAUGGUAUCACGUUUGUUGGCUCGGUGAGAGAAAAGACUGUGGCACGGAAUCUCUAUGCUCAGGCCAGAGCCCGCGGCAAAGCAGCCGGAAUCGUCAGGACUAACUCUCAGGAGAUGGAGACGUUUAAGACGGAGGUGCAUGUUCCGCCGGGCAGUAAGGUGGAGUUUGAGCUGCACUAUCAGGAGCUGAUGCAGCGCAAACUGGGAGUUUACACACACACUCUUCACAUCCAGCCCGGCCGUCUCGUCCCAGUGCUGCAGGUGGAUGUGUAUGUCUUUGAGCCUAAAGGUAUUAAGUUUGUGGAGACACCAAACACGCUGGGGGAUCAUUUCUCAGGCGUGACUAAAAUCACUCACACUAAAGACAAAGCCCACGUGGUCUUCAAGCCCACCGUCCAGCAGCAGCGCAAGUGUCCCAACUGCACGGAGAGCGCCGUGGACGGGGUCUUCACAGUCAGAUAUGAUGUGGAGAGAGAGAGCAAUGCUGGAGAGCUUCAGGUGUCUGAUGGUCACUUUGUUCAGUUCUUCGCUCCAUCUGAUCUCACUCCCCUCUCCAAAAACAUUGUGUUUGUGAUUGAUGUGAGCGGAAGCAUGUGGGGACUGAAGAUGAAGCAGACAGUGGAGGCCAUGAUGACCAUCCUGGAUGAUCUAACGAUGGACGACUAUUUCAGCAUCAUCGACUUUAACCACAAUGUGCGCUGCUGGAGUGAGGACCUAGUGGCUGGAACAUCUAUACAGGUGGCGGAGGCGAAGAAAUACAUCCAGAACAUUAAACCCAAUGGAGGCACCAACAUCAACGAGGCUAUCCUGAAGGCAGUGCAGAUCCUUAUGAAAGCCCACAAUCAGGGGAUGCUAGACCCCCGCUCUGUCUCCAUGAUCAUCCUGGUGUCUGACGGAGACCCCACAGUGGGAGAGAUAAAGCUCAGUGUCAUUCAGAAGAACGUGAAGAAAGUGAUGCGAGAGGAAUUCUCUCUAUUCUCUCUUGGUAUCGGCUUUGAUGUGGACUUUGAUUUCCUGGAACGCAUUGCCAUGGAGAACAGGGGCGUGGCCCAGAGAAUCUACGCCAAUCACGAUGCCUCAGAGCAGCUGAAGCAAUUCUACAGCCAGGUGUCUUCUCCUCUCCUGAGAAAAAUCACCAUCCAGUUCCCAGAGGAUGCUGUUUCAGACAUCACUCAGAAUCGUUUCGAUAAGUUUUUCAAAGGAUCUGAGAUAGUGGUGGCUGGUAAAAUGAAGGACAUGGGCACCAACAUGCUCCAGAGCUUCACCACUGCAUCUGCUGCCACCAUGGACCUGACCAUCGAGGCGGAGGCGGAUCUUCAAGAGCUGGACACUCUGCUUAGCCAACAGCAGCACUCUUUCACUGGCUUCGCCCGCCAGAUGUGGGCUUAUAUAACUGUCAAUCAGCUGCUGGCUGAACGCUCUGUAGCUCCGAGUGCAGCUAAGAAGAGGAAGAUAACUCAGCGGAUCCUGAGCUUGGCUGUAGAGCAUCAGUUUGUCACUCCGCUGACCGCCCUGCUGGUGGAGAGCACAGAUGGUCCCGAGAGGCUCCUGGCAGAUUCACCAAAGGACCCCAAACAAGGCUGCUGUCCUGGCACAGGUAUUCAUGCUAAACCAGUGGUCUUGGUGGAUUCUCAGCCUCCAUCCCGACCACCCUGGGCUCAAAGUACCUCUACCCCAGGCCCCAGCCAGGCCAGGGGGACACGUUUCACAGUUGUGGAUAAUGACCCUCACUUUAUAGUGCACCUCCCCAAAAACAACAUGGACGUCUGCUUCAACAUCGACUCCAAACCCGGACACAUCCUCAACCUGGUGUCGGACCCCGGAACAGGGGUUGUGAUCAAUGCCCAGCUGGUGGGAGGUAAGAAGAUGAAGAAAGAUAAACUGAACACGUACUUUGGCACCAUCUCCAUCUACUCUGAAGCCGCAGGGGUGAAGGUGGUAGUAGGAACCAGUGGGAUUAAACUGAUGGAGGGAAAGAAUAAUCACUCUUUCUCCUGGGCAGCAACCACUAACAUCAAGCUCAACAGGGUGAAAGUGGAGAUUGAGAAAGAGCAUAAGGUCACUGUGACGAUAGAUGACAGGAUCUCGAUGACGGUGCUGCUGCAUCGCGUGUGGAAGAAACAUCCCUUCAACGUGGACUACCUGGGCUUCUACUCACCUGACUACAACCAGUUCUCCACCCAGGUCCACGGCCUCAUUGGGCAGUUUGUGAACGAGCCCAAGGUGAAGGUGUUUGACGUGCGUGAUGGAACAGAGCCAGAGAAGAAACAGGCCACAAUGGAAGUGAAGGGCAACAAGCUCACCGUCACCAGGGGCUGGCAGAAGGACUACCGGUUUGAUAAGAAGCACGGGUCAGAUGUGUACUGCUGGUUCGUCCACAACAGCGGGAAAGGCUUCAUUGACGGCCACUACAGCAGCUACAUCGUCCCUAACCUUGACAGCUUCCUUCCCCCUGUCUGAGUGUGUGUAUAAAUGUGUGUGCGCGUGUGUGUGUGGGUGUACAUGUGUGUGUGUUUGAUGGAACAAAAGAGGAAGAGUUAUAAUCAGGAGAAAUUUUUCAGGAAAAUAAAAAGUGUUUUUGUCCAUAGAAAAAAAUAGUUUAAAGUUUAAAUGGAUACUGGAAUGGAUAAUGCCAGCUGGCAUAUACAGUGCUUUAUAUGCGAUUGACCAUCAAAAUUAAUGUAAUUACAGCGUAUAUUGUUCUUACAGUACAAAUUAAAGGACUGUACACCAUUUUAAUUGUUAUUACCAAAUAAGAUGAAAAUUUAAGAGAAGAAUAAAAGAAAAAGAAGAUCCCUGAAGAAUGCUCUGACACAGUAGAGGCGUCCCAGGAUUAAUGAGCACCGCUGUACAGUAGACUGACUUCACCUCAGGCCAUCUUGGAGAAAUCUUCAUAUGGAAUCCCCUCCACUCUCUUUCCUUUCAUAGGACCCUGUAGAGUAUAACGAUAUAAACAUUAUAUGAAUAAAAGUAUUGGGACACCUGUUUA